AGUCCACACUAGUGAACAACAAUGUCAGUUACGUUCAUUUCCACAUUACUCGUGAUACUUGUUCCCAUGUACUUGUAUCAUAGAACUAGUUGUAGAUCAAAGAACCCAGCGGAGCUUCCUACAAACUGGCCAAUACUUCACAUGUUCCCUUCUUUGAUGGCUAAUCUUCACAACAUCUAUGACUACUUCACUCUAGUACUUGCAGGAUCAGGCCACAACUUCAGGGCGCACGGCCCACCCGGGAUGGGGAUGCGCUUCUUCAUCACAUGUGACCCUGCAAACGCCAGGCACAUCUUCACGACAAACUACACCAACUUUCCCAAGGGCGCAGAGUUCGCCGUUAUCUUCGAUAUCAUGGAUGGGAGUCUCUUCACCAUCGAUGGUGAGCCGUGUCGCCGACAGCGUGCAAAAGUCAAGAGCAUGCUCAGCAGCCCGAGGAUGGUUGCUAGUAUGGCAGUAUAUCUCCGUGAAAAGGUGAAGAAAAGCCUCCUUCCGUUUCUCACCCAAAUGGCAUGCAUUGGCACUUCAUUCGACAUGAAAGAAUUGAUGUCGAGGUUUAUGUUUGACACGGCUGCUACACCUCUCUUCGGUGUGGAUCCGGGCCUCCUAUCUUCGGACAUGCUGCCCAUGGAUGUAGCGGUUGCCCUGGACACAGUCAUGGAGGUGGGCUUUUUCCGGCUCAUGAUGCCAACUUUUUGUUGGAAGUCAUUGAGGCGGUUAAACAUCGGCCCUGAGAGAAAGCUUGGUAUAGCAUGCACAGUGCUACGACUAUUCAUCGGAGAGAUGAUGGAGAAGAGGACAAUCAACACAUGUUGUGUUGGUCAUGUAAAGGAUAAAGAGGGUGUGGAUAUUAUUUCUUCCUUCCUCGAAGACCCACACUAUGCCGACAAUGAUUUGCUCCAUGCAAUAAUCAUUAGCUACAUGCUCGCUGCAAGGGAUACAGUUGGAACGACCCUAACAUGGAUCUUUUACAACCUUGCCCAAAAUCCUAAUAUCGUGUCAAGGAUUCGAAAUGAACUUUCGCCCAUCGCAUCACGCAAAGUAGUGGUUGGUGUGGGUACCAUGGUGUUGUUCGAGCCAGAUGAGACAAAAUCUCUAGUAUAUUUGACAGCCACCUUGUAUGAGACUCUCAGGCUGUACCCACCAGGGCCUGUCUUGCGCAAGACGGUAGCUGUAGAUGACAUCAUGCCGAGUGGCCAUAAGGUGCAUGCUGGUGACACCAUUUUUAUUUCGCUUUACUCCAUGGGGAGAAUGCGGGCCUUGUGGGGCAAAGAUUGCCUCCACUAUAAGCCAGAUAGGUGGAUCUCGGAUGAUGGCAACAACCUAAGAUACGUACCAUCUCACAAGUUCUUGGCCUUCAACUCAGGUCAGAGGAUCUGCCUUGGCAAGGACAUUGCCAUCAUGCAAAUGAAGACAAUCGUUGCUGCCGUGGUAUGGAACUUUGAUGUGAAGGUGCUGGAAGGGCAGAGCAUAAAGCCCAAGCCAUCCAUUAUACUGGAGAUGGAAAAUGGGCUCAUUGUUCAACUAAAGAAGCGAGAAAUGUAAUAGAUUCUUAUUGUAUGUAAACGUACUUGCCAACCACCAGGACACUGUCUAUACUCUCAUUUUUAUCAAAGAAUAAAGGAU